AUGAAUAGACGAUCAUCUUCUAAUUGCUUUAUCAAUUAUUUGCUGAUGAAUAGUCAUCAUCAUGGCACUACAAGUACAAUAAGGAGAACAAUGAUGAGGAGUUUAAUGAAUAAUAAUAGUGGAUUGACAACAACAAAAACAACAUUAAUUAAUAAUAAUAACCGAGGAGGACAUUUGAAUAUAUUGUCAUCAUCAUCAGUAUCUGUUAAUAAUAAUAAUAAUAGGAGAGAAUUUAAAACAAAUUAUUGGACACAAAGUAAACAGGAAAAUGGGAAUAUUGUUGAUCAUUCAUUGGUCGAAGCCUUGAUUACUUUCGAAAGUUCGAGAAAAAGUGUAAAUGAUAAUUUAUCAAUUCUUUGUAAUCAGAGUGACAUUACUGAAGAGAGAUUGACAUCAAUAUUAAAUCAAAAGAUUAUUGAAAAGUUAGAUCCAUCAACAAUAUUUACAAUGAUGCAAUUCUAUGCCAAGAAGGGAAAUGCUCCAAAAGUUAAGGAAUUAUAUAGACACAUCAAGAAUCCAAAUGAGGAAUCAAAAAAGCAACUUGUUAAAUUGUUGGCUUUGGCUGGUUCUAGAUUGAAAACAAAAACAAAUCCAGAAUCAAUCACACCAAAGGUGGCAAAGAAUUUAAUGAAAACAAUGCCUUCAAAUAUCAAUGUAGCUCAUAAGAGAAGUAUUUCUGAGCUUAAAGAGGUAGAGGAUGCCUUGAAAAAGAAAAAAGACAGUGUAUCAUAUACACACAGUGUUGUAAUUGAAGCAUUCUCAAUUAGAGGUAACAUGAAACAAGCUGAAACUUAUUUUGAAAAUAUUCAACAUGUGAAUACUGAAGUUUUAAAUUCAAUGAUUGAUGGUUGGAUUAGAACUUUGACCAAGAGUGAUAAAUCUCUCAUUGAAGGCCAAUCUGAAAACACAAGUGAAGAAUCAUUUAAUUUUGUAAAGGGCAGAGUGAAUUAUUAUUUUGAUUUAUUUGACUUGUACAAGAUCAAGAGAGAUGUGAGAACCUAUGCCUAUUUUCUCAGAUUUAAAUUUAUUGAAGCUCUUUUCGUGGAUCCUAAAGAUCCAGAUGUAAAUUCAAUUGUAGAUUUAAUAGAGAGUAUGAUAAGCAAGGAUAAAAUUUCACCAGACAAUUAUUUCGUCUCGACAUUCCUUGCCAGACUGAAUACCAUACACUCCAAAGCCAAAGUGAAAAAGCUUUACAGUACCUAUAAGAAACACCUCCUCAAAGUUAAAGUCACAAAUGCCAAUAAUUUAGCCAUCCUCACCACACUUGCCAACUCGAAAUGUAUUCCAGAAGCUCUUUCAUUGUUUGAACACUUGAAAAAGUCACUUCCAACAAAUGAAAAGACCACUGCUUAUGAAAUUAUGAUUUCCAUGUUCUUGGAGAGUGAUGACGAGGCAGCUAUUGUGUUAAUUGAUGACAUGAUUCAAAAGAAAGUACCUAGAUCCUCUAAAACUUACUACUCUGUUCUCAACUACUUUUCACAACAAGGCAAUCACAAGGCAGUGUCCAAAUAUUUCCAACUCUUACAGGUUGAGGGGGUUUCGUUGACUCCAGAAAUUCUCAAAGUAUCCCUAAAGAGUUUAGCUUUAACGAGAAGUAAGAAACAAGUAAUGGACAUUCUCAAGAGAGCAGAAACUGAGAAUUAUCUCACUGAGGAAAGUUGUUCUUCAUUUAUUGGAACUUAUGGACUUUUGGAAGAAUUGGAAGAAGCUGAAAGAGUUUUCAAUCUUUUCAAAGAUACAAACAUGCUGGAUAUUUACAAUGAAAUGUUAUGUACAUAUGUUAAUCACUCAUGUGUUGGUGAUGCCAUCACUCUCUAUUUGGAUUAUCCAAUGAAGGGUGAUAUUUUCACGUAUGAAACUCUUGUUGGAGCUUUGGGUAUUUCAAAAGAGUAUUCUGCCAUUUUACAAAUUCACAAAAUCAUGAUCAAGCUUGGUAUUCGACCAACUUUUAAAUAUUAUGAUCAACUCAUUGAUAUUCUCACCAAGGAACCAGUAACGGAUCCAGAAGUUAAAUCCUUCCUCCAAUCUCUCCCAGAUGAAAUGUCUCAAUUCAACAUUGGACAAAUUGAACAAUUAAUCAUGAGACUUUUGUUUUAA